CGGCGCCUUGAAUGAGGCCCGAGUGAAGCAGCGACAGGCGCGCAUUCCGUCCCAAGGCUGAGGUAUUGAGGCGCGCAUGCGCAACUCAUCGUUUGGAGACCAAAGCCUCAAACUGCGAGAGCCGCGCAUGCGCACUCCGGCGUUUCGAUUGAGGCCCGAGGGAAGCCGCGACAGGCGCGCAUGCGCAAUCGUCAACGCUCAAGGCCUUUGAAGAGCGAGGAGAAAAGCGCAUGCGCACUGCGGUCUUUAUAUGGGUUUUUAAGAUUCAACACUUCCACUCAAAUGUGGUAGAACGACAACCGGAAGUGUCGUCGCCACUCAAAUGGCGGUUCGUGAGUGGGGCACACAGGAAUCGGAAGUGUCGUUUUUCCCCUUUGUUGUUUGUCCUCUAUAACCAUUUCGGCUAUUUUGCCCGCGCUACGGCUUCCGCGGAGGGACAAUCUUGCCGGAUGCGGGAAAUUUCCUGAAUGGACGCGGAAGCGGGCUGGAAGCAGGCGGGGGAAAGCGGCGGAAAAGGAACAGGAAGCGGAAGGAAGGAGGAGGGAAGCGACCCGGGGGAGGUUUUGGAGCGGCGCCUGAAGGAAAUCAGCUCCGAAUUGCAAAGCUCAGGUUUCUGGGAUUCAAGCCAAAGGAUUAUCUUGCAAUCUCUGAGGAAGCCCUUCAUGAUGGACGAAGACGAGGAUAAUAUUCCGUCCUUGGAAAAACUGAAUAUUUCGGAGAAUUUCCAGUGCGUUUCUUUCGGGAUCGGGAAUUUCUCUUCUUGUUCAGUCGCAAAGACACAAAUGGCCUUCCUCCUCCUCCUCUUGCAAGAACUACAGAUUUCUCGCGACUGUUGUUUCGUCUUCGAUCCCGUUUUUUCCGAACUCGAACUCGAGGUCCUUUGUCGCCUUGGGCUCAAAGUCAUGGCAGAAAACGAGGAAGGGAAGCAUGGCAUUUCGGGCGUGCGGACGUUGUUUUUCAUGGUGCAUUGUGGGAAAUCCCUGUACAACAACCUUCUCUGGAGCAACUGGGCCCCGGAAACACUUUCCAAGAUGGCCGUCCUCGGGAACAGCUUCCGGGGCAUCCAGGACAGGAUGCCAUCAAAAAUAUUUCAAAAAGAAUACAGUUACAUUGCAAAGAUCUUGCCGGCGACGGACGAGACCCCGUUUCCGGCCCACCCUCAAUAUAUGGAGAUAUUUAACGACACUUCCGUCCAUUGUUUUCCGUCGUCGAAGCUGAAAGAACUUUCCGGAGAAAUCUGGAAGCUUCCGGAAGAACCCGUUUACGAGGAAAACGAGGAGGGGCAACUAGAGAUCAUCCGGAAGAGCCAGAAGAAGGGGAUUUGUACGGACUUCGAAGCGAACGAGAAAAAGUCGUGAAAACGGCAAAUACGAUUUUUUAUUAAACGAGUCGAAAAGA